AUGGAUAAAACAGCCUUUCUCAUUGGUUGUUCUUUAUAUAGGUCAGAGGUCAUUUUUGUCAGAAACAAUGUCAACGGCCCAAAACCAUACUACACUGCUAAUUACAUAGGUAAUGGUGUAGCCGGUAUCCAUGAGCAUGCUAGUAACAGCAGAACUGUUGGUAUGGGAGAAUUAAAUUUUGUUCUCAAUGGUGUAGAAUUCCGAACAAGACAUAACGACUACAGACUGCGCAUGCCUGUAAAAAAUGACACGACAUAUAACAAAGUAGUAGAUAUACCAUACCCUGAUGUACCACCACAGGUUCUUGCCAAGAAAACUAUCGCCGAACAGAUAACUGAAAUGCAAGAAUGGUUCAAAGGUUACUGUGUACUUCUGCUACUGUUCUAUUUUUUUAAUUUGUAUAUAUUGAGCUGUAAAUUCUUUCCCGUAAAAUGCAUGUUAUUUGAAUUCCGAAUGUAUAAUGGAAUAGCAUUUGAUAGUAGCUGUAUAGAAGACAAGAAAUUGUAUGAAAGUAAAUGAUGACACUAAAUAAGUUAUUGAUUCAUUUUG